CUAGCUCGGAAAUGUGCUCAUGGUGCUACUUACGACUCCAACCAACGUCAGCCGCACUUCACAUGCCCUCCAGGCACUAGAGAUGAUGUCCUUGAAACAAUAAGGACCCGUAUUGAAACUGGAGAUCGAAAAAUCGUGUGGAUUAUCGGCGAGCCCGGCGCGGGGAAAUCGGCUCUAGCGCAUACGCUUGCAGACGACUUCCGAGCUGAAGAAAGACUAGCUGGUACCUUUUUCUUC